UUGUUUAUGUUUGUAAUUUGUGCUUAAUAACAAAGAAUAUACAAUCACAUCGCUUAAUUUAAUGUAUUUUUAUAAUUUAAUUAUGUAAGUAAUUAUUUCUAAUGGUUUAGAUCCCAUUUCUAUGCAACCUAUUCUUUUAAAUGUAAAAUGAGAAAAUCGGGGUCUGAUCCAAAAGUAAAGAAAACUUUGCUUCGCAAUUACGAACAAAGAAUUCUCAAACUGCCAAAGACUAUACAUGACAGUGAUUCAGGUCCUUCAAAAUUGGAAAAGCCAUCGCAUCAAAUAGAACAAGACCUUGAUCAACCUGCGCUAUGUUCAAGCGAGGCACUAGCUAAUUACUUAACUGAUGUGCGAAAAUCUGCUUCGUUACCACGUCCCGAAGAAUUAAAUAUUGACCAGGUUCAGAUAAGUGCUAAGAUCACAAAGAAACUUAAUUUUCAUUUUAAUGAUAGAAUAUACAAAAAUUUAGUUGAGUUAAACACAGACAUUGCAAAUUUAAAGAGCCGACGAGAUAAAAAACCCAUUAAAAAUAUAACUCCCAUGAAAAAAGACCUCGAACCGAAUAUUGAUGAUUUUUGUCAGGAUGAGAAAGAAAAUGAUGUAUGUCCAGAAAUACCUGUCAUCAAGCGGAAAAUUAAACCUAUAAGAAGAUCGGAAGACGGUGCAAUACAUAGGCUCAUUGCUUCUUUAGAAAAAUUAUGAAACUACUGUUUUUAGACAAGUACAAGCUUAAUAACACUUUUUAUAAUAAAUUUAAUUUAUAAUUCA